CGGCCGAGAUGAGCGGCUGAAAAUUCUCGGAGGCCGAACUUGGUUAGCGACGCUAGCGACACACUUGUGCCACUCUCCUUGCGCAUCGGCCACGGCGUGGCAUCGGCGCAGCUCGCCAACGCGCUGGCGCGUUGCCAAAACCCAUCGUUGGCCAAAACGGCAUAGUUGCACCCCUGGUUGUACGGUUUGCGGUUGUGUUCGCCCUGUACUCUUGGCAGCGCCCAGCGUGCGUCGAAGUACGUGCAAGCCGUAGAGUUCCGUCAAGCAAAGCGUGCAAGCGGUCGAAAAGCUUCGGUUGAUGGCCCAUCAUUGAAGUCACAGGGUGCUGUGCGACGCUCUUUUUUUGUGUGUGUAUACGGACGUUCUUAGUACGGUAGUGUACGGCGAUGGCGUCUUCACGGCCUCGUCGCAACUGCGUGCGGGGUCUUUCAGCGGAGGCUAUCGACUUACUCGAUGUACCGUCAGACAGCAUGGAUGACCCCGACGACCCUGACUUCAUGCUGGGCUCUGACGAGCACCACCACAAGACUGCGCACACACCAACAAAGAGGGCGCGCCGUGUUUCGUCGGGCAGCUCGAGCACUUGCAAUGAGUCGCAAUUGGUUCCCCAGCCACCGAAGAAAGUUGUCGCUCCAGUCGUGCAGGCCUCAACGCCAUCAUCAGGGACCAUAAUAACCGUGGUCAAACCAGGGUUCACCGGGUUGGAAGAGGCAAACAUCACACCGCCCACCCGCAAUGGUGGGACUAGAUACAUCUGCUGCGUGAAGAACUGCACCUCGCAAGGCCUGAGCAACCUGGAUGGGCUCUGGCUGUUCCCGGUUCCGCAAGACGAGCCGACCCGUAAGCUGUGGCUUGAGGAGAUUUCCGUUGACUUGGGCGGGAACCGUCCCGCCAGCCCUCGUGUCUGCUACCGCCACUUCCACGACAAUUUGUUUGUGCGGCAUCAGCAGCGCCUGCUAGGUCUACAAAAGGGCGCCCUUCCAUCCAGGAAUCCGAAAUCGACCUCAAAGAGCAACAGCUCCAAGAACUACGUCACCAAAAUUGCACCAGCAACACCCGUGACCGCCUCAGUACCCGCAGGCACUGUCGCGACGCAAUCCCAGACUCGAGUGUCGACGGUAUCCAUCACGAAAGGCCAUGAGAUGACACCGUUGCCGCAAGUUGUCGGCAGAGUUGUGCGGAGCCCAGCUCCGUCAAGCACGACGCCCCCCAUGCCGAUGAACGAAAUAUUCAUCAAUCUCCCCUUGGAAAAAGCGGCUGGGGACAUCAAGGUCGAAGGUCAAAAAUCCCAGACGGCCGCGGCCUUGUGCGAGACGCCGCCAAACGGUCUCGCGUCUUGCGCCAACAAUUCAUUGUCAUUUCCAAAUGGGAGGGGACCACAAGAGUGUGGUGGGGACGUGGCAAACGACGACUACGAGCUCACACUCGCAGACAUUGAAGAGCAGCUGCCGUGCCCCGUCCCAGACAUGCAUUGGGAUUCCAGCCUGGACGACAGCGAACUGCACUUGGUUUGGAACAAUGGGCCCGACACGAAUACCUGCAAGAAGGUUGUUCUCGACCGGGAGCGACGAGUGAGUGUGUACGUGGGUGAAAGACAGGUGGUACUGACUGUGCAAAAGAUUACGGACAUGUCCAGUCUCAAGCAGCUCUUUACUGAACUAGGCAAGUUGUAGCUGGCCGGUCAUCAUAGUGUCCAGCAUCGUUCAAGGCAGCUUUCAGAUGGUCGUGUUUUUCGUUUUAAGUUCAUUGUUUAAAGAAAGGCGGCUUCCGAAAGUGAAUGCAGGUUGUAUACAUUCAGGAAGAUAUUAGUUUACAGUAC